CGAAUGACGGUUUUAAAUGGCGGAUGGAGUAGCCAGGAAAAAGUGUUUAAAACUCAGCAAACGUUUGGGAGUAAAGAAAAGUAUUUCGUUCUUUAUCAGGUGCACUAUCAAGAGCAUUCUAUCUGGAUGUAUCACUACCUGGUAUGGGAACUGUACCAUUCAAGAUGGUUACAGGGAGUGGUGAACUUGGCCUGGACAAUCACAAAGACCAACCUCCUAUCUAUAGAAUCCAUCUACAGGCCUGCUGUCGAGAAAAGGCUGCCAGCAUUCUCAAAGAUCCAUCCCACCCAGGAACUGCCCAAACUAAAAGACGCUGAAGAUAAUCAUACAGAUAAAAUGAAUAUCUCACAGCUGAGCAAUGAAGAAUUAAAAGAGCAGCUUAUGAAACAUGGCGUUACACCUGGUCCUAUUGUGGCCACUACUAGGACAAUUUAUGAGAAGAAACUGCUGAAAUUGAUGGGGCAAGCUCCUUCUGUGCCUCCGCUAAAACAAAAUGGAACUGGAGAUGUUGACCAAUACUCAGACAGUGAAGAGGAAGAUGACUUCCCUGCUGAGGGCUCCACAUACAGCAGAAUUGGUUCUUCAUAUCAAAGACAAAGCACGAGUAUCACUGCAACAGCUGCCAGUAGUACAAGCAAAUCAGAGCUAACUCAGCCAAAGGAUAUGGGGGAUGUGUUGCCUGAGAUCUUUCCAGAUGAAAUGAAUUCUCCUUCAGGAAUCAAUGCGACACGACGUCGACCAAUCAAAGGAGCAGCUGGCCGACCAAUUCAGUACAAAUUUGAUGAUCUCCUGACACGAGCUACAGAGAGACACCAGUAUAAAGAGAGAAGCGGCUACUUGGUUACAAAAGAGAACAAGCCAGUAAAACGUCUCAUACCUGUGUGGCUUCAGAUCCUGCUGUUCAUCAUUGUGUUGUUUAUCCUCUUCCUGGUAUAUCAAGCAAUGGAAAGCAAUCAAGAAAAUCCUUUUGCAUACUUCCUGGCAAAUACAGGCAACGAAGCAGCAUCUCCUCCAGAACAGCUGGAUACUCAAGCCACACCAAAUGUUGGUUCAUAGAUGUUGCCAGAGUAGGUGCACCUGCCAAAACAGAAAUUGUGUCAGAAUUGAGUGCUUAUAAAGUAGUUAAGCAUUGUUGAACUUUACUGAUUUAAUCAAAAUGAGGUUUAGGUCAUAAUAUCCAGAUAUGCCAGUUGUAUUGUGAAGGAAAAACUCAUUAACGUGUCUUGCCCGUCCCCUCCCCUUGUGCUCAAACAAAUUUAACCCACGAAGACACUGUUAGGUUUAUAAUGCAAGAAAAGUUGUCCAGUUUAUUCAAACUGAAUUAGAAAAAGAAACAAGAAAAUUUACCCUUAGUUCUCCGUAACCACAGAUUUUCUAAUUUGAUUACUUUGCAAUUUCACUGUUUUAUCAGUCCCAAUCACACCACAACAAAAUCAAAUUUACAUUAUACAAUUUAAUAUGCAGACGUUACUGCAAGUUUUGAAUAUAGUGUCUUUGUCGUUUAAUUUUGGCUAGAGGGAAAACCUUGAGGCUAAUGUGAAAUUUUAAAUUUAAAAAAUCUUUGAAUUUUGAAAGUGUUGAGCUUUUUGGUACUUGCAUAUUUAGGGACAAUAAGAUUAUAUAUAAACUGACUCUUAAUACUGGCUUAUUAUGUACUCUUAAAUGUGUAUUGAUUUCUUUUAGUGUUCUGGGUUAAAUUAUAAUUGAAACUUUAAUAUUUCAGUGUUUUUGUUUUUUUUUAAAACCAGCAAAUUGUUUCAGUUUGUCAAAUCUAUUGCUAGAAUUCUCUUAACUGGGUUUAUUUCAAAUGUCUUGGAAGUCAGUUCUCCCAAUUAAAUAAACAGCUAAACUAUUGAAUGAUACAAUUUUCUUAUGUUGUUUUGUACUUAUUUGUAUACCAAUUUGUUACAUUUAUUGUAUGGUUUAAUUCAUAUGGCUUUGCAUUCUGAAAUGUAAAAGCCCUUCACUUAUCUAUUAUUGACCGUUAUAACUUGUGCACAUAGUGCUGUCCAUCCAUUUGCUGCACUUUUUUAAGAGUAGCACAAUCCUGGUUCAGUCUCUGAUUUUAAUUUUCAACAUGAUGCUUAAUUUCCUGUUGUCAUCAAGUAAUGGGAAAAUGGCAAAAAUUGUAUUUCCAUUUCUUAGGUUGUAAAUUGCUGUCUUUAUUUCCAUUGCUCCAUUCCAUUUUAUUUAGAUGUACAUGUUCAGGUAGUGGUCAGAUCCCUUGUUGAGGUAAUUGUGUUAACAUGAUUGCAUGAAAAUCUGUAAUCUUGGGAAAGAUCAUUGUUGAAAUCUGUGAGUAAAAAUGAGAAAUGAGAGGAGAGGGCAGUAAUUCAGCAUUAAUUGAUGUGCUGAAGAGCAAAGAGAAAUUAAUUUGUGAUCUUCAUUACCUCUGAAAGGGGGAACAAACUUGUCAAAUUAUCCAGGCUGUCGUCAUGUCCCUGGUAACAGCAGGUUACAUAUAAUAGAUGCUUUGAGGCAACAAUCAUGCCCAGUGGGGUGUACAUAGGAAAAAGCUAACAAAAACAGUCUAUCAAACUCUUCAAGUUAAGUUGUGGCUUUUGGAUAUUUGCAAGAGUGAGAACUGUACAGCUCCAAUAGUUUUGUAAAUAUUAGAAAAUUUUGUUUUUAUUUAGAAGAGAGAAUUGAUGUCAUUCCCAUAAUGCUAAAUUGUAUCCCUUACAAAAAGCUUAUUUUGUAUGUUUCUGUUUAAAGUUCAAAUUGCAGAUAUUAUCAAGCGACCCGGGCAUACAUUUUCAGCAACUUUCAAUAUUAAGCCGAGAUCAAUGAGAGCAAAAAUUUGGAUAAUCUUAUACAGAAGUUAAUAGGCUAAGUUUGUUCCCCCUAAUUUCCCAAUGACUUUUCUGUGAAAUGUGUCACUUCAUAGCAUGAGCUAAGUGUCUAGAAUAUUUAUUCCUAAAAAUUACAGUGCAAAAUACAGAGGAAAAAGUUUAAAGUCAACAAACCUGAUGUUUUGUAUUUUUCCCCAAAAAUUGUUACAUAUUGUGAGUAUCCUGAAUGUUGAGAACACUUUGUAUAGAUUUUUGUAUUUUAAUUGUGGUGCUUUUCUUGAAUUGCAUGUGAGGUUGUAUGGUCUACAAAAACUGAUGGCCUUUCUUUCAUACAUUUAUAUGAAUAUUCCAGAUUUUCAUGAUCUUGCAAAUAUAAUAUGCUGACUUUCCUUUGACUAUCUUAAAAAGCUAAAAGUAGAAAUUCAAGAAGAAUGAAAAGGGCAUUCUUGAAUUAAGUGUUUGUAUAGUUUGGUUUGGUACUUUAGAACUUUAAAGCUAAUGGAAUUUCUGUUGUGUAUUUUUCAUUUUUUUAGCUUUCUAUUUCUCAGACGUUGGCAUUUCAGUUAAUUUUUUUAGGGAGGGUGGGUUUACUGUAACAAGCAUUUAAUGAGAGCUUAACCAGCUAUAAUAAAUUAGUUACUCCAAAAUAGCCUAAAAUAUUCUUUAAAGUGCUGUAUCUCCUACUUUGGCAAGGCUAUAAAGCUCACAGUGAAACAGUUUUGGUUCCCAUUUAGUUGGGAAGUUCCAUACGAAAAUAAAUAAUUCAAAGUUAACUCAAUACAUUUUUGCUUGUGGGAAUAAUCUUCAAGGACAGCAACAUCUGGGUUUGCUUCCAAAGGCACACAUUUCCCAACAAGUCAGCUUGUAAGUAUCACCAUGAAAUUAAACCUGUACCCAAGUCACUACUAUUGAUGCUUUUGGGAGACUGCACCUACUAAUACACUGUGAACUUUAGAUACACUAUGCUUUAUAUCUAAAGGAUUAGGCAACUUCAUUUCCUGGAUAUUAGUUCAGAAAGUGUGAAAGCUGUUUUGUAAAUACACUUUUUUUUCUGUAAUUAACCCUGUUCAAUUUCUCAUGUUAAAAACUUAUCUUUUUGUAUGUUUAGAUAAGUUUCAGUUAAUGUAAGGAAGGAAAAAUGCUGUUUGACUCCUGCACCCAUGGUUCAUUGCUUCAGAAAUUUCUUUUUUAACUAUCCAGUUCAUUAAUUUUUUAUUUUGUAUAGAAAUUGUGUUUUUUUUUUAAAUUGUGGGGCAAUAGGGUGAAAGGAAAAGAGGGAUCCCCAAAGAUGUUAAAUUUCAGUAAGAAUUUGGGUAAUCCUGAAUUCCAUCCUUGUGUGGUGAAAAAUAGUUCUUGGUAUACAUUGUUUUUUUCAAUUAAAUCAUAGCAAUUCAAUAGUCAGUAUAAUUAGCUGUUUAAAAUAAUGUCAUAUAAAGCUUUAUUCCACCAAGUAGCAUGAAGUCAAUGUGAUCUUUGCUACACAGCUUGUCGAGCAGAUAGUUUUCAAAUCUUAAGUACAAACUGGUUACACAUACCUGCAAUAAUCUGGCCCUACAGAACUGAAAAAUUUCCAAACGUUUGUAACAUCACAAUUUCUAUUUUAUUUUUAUUUUUGCGAUCCACGUUUAUACCUUUUGAAAGAUUGAACCAUGUUUUAUUUGGAAACGAAAUGAGAAUUAUGUUUUCUCUCCAAGUUAGAGAUUUCAAGACAACGCCAGUAGCAAUCUGGUAUUUAACUCUGGGGGUUCUUAGGAUACAAAUUUGCAUCCUAGAAAUGGAGAAAAAAUUGCCAUGAUUAAUCUGUGCUUCUUAAAAUGUGACUUUUGGACACUUCAACUCUGGAUGUUUGGUCGACACCUGUUUCCAAACACACUGCUUCCAUAUUGUAAGCUUUCUGCAAUUGUUCCUGGUUUCAAAACUAUUUUUAGCAGCUGAAAGAUGCCUACUUUUAGCUCCAGUGGAUAAUUGGAAAGAUAUAUCUUUGCAGACAUUUAAUGUUUAUGUUCAUAACCUGAGCUAAAGAAGCUCUUUUUUUAGGCAACUCUGUGGCUAUGUUUUCUCCUGCUGUGGAAGUUUGCUAAUCUCAAAGCCCACAGUCAGGAUCUGUGAAAUACCAACUAUAUCCAUAAAUGGUGUCCAAUUGUCUCAAAGUUCUCAUCUAUUUUUCUCAUUUGGUGAUGUUUCUGUCUCGAGUGCUCAGUUUUGAAACUCUUUAAAUAAUAGAUCUUGUCUUAAAUGUGCCUUAUUUAUUAAAAUUCCUUAUCCAAAGUUAAAUAAAGUUUUGUAUGUUUAAGGUG